AAACAAAGUAUUUUGAAAAAGGAAAGUGAACUAAAAGAAAUCAUCACUAAACAAAGAUAGAAUCUCAUCACAGAAUUAGACAAGCUGUGGAAGCCUAGGGAAGAAGAAAUGUCAAGACAGUUGAAGGAUACUGCAGAAAGAUGUGACACCCUGACAAGAAACAAAGCUCAAAUUGAAGAGACAUUCCAAUCCCACAAUGCAACAGCUAUUUUUACAGCUUCUGGUAAACUGGACAAUGAUUUUCCUACAAGACCAGUGAAAAUGAUAUCAGAACAAAAAAUAUUGUUUUCAGAAACAAGAAUUCUUGAUGAUAAAAAAGAAGUCUUCGGUACUAUAUUAACCAUUCCAAAGUGCAAAAUCACUGGAUCAUUUACAUUAGAUGCACCAAGCAGCAUCCGAAAUAUUAAAACUUUUGAAAAUAAUACUAAUAUCUUAUGUACAUUACAAACAACAACACUAAAAUCCUUUGAACUUAAAAGUUCAAAAUGUAUUACUACAAGUAUAGCAAAUGAUACUGAAGUAGAUAUUAUUGACAUGACAAAAGCACAGGAUAAUAAAUUACUGUUCACGGUUGUUGAAUCAUCAGAAAUUAAAUGUCUAUCAACUUUCAAACCAGACAGUAAGAUAGAAACUUUUACUUCUAUCACACCACUUUAUGCCAGAGGAAUUCAUGCAACUGACAAAAACAUUCUAAUAGGAUUUAGGGAUAAUGGUGAACGGUUUCCACUACAAGAAGAAAGUAGAAGAGGAAUAUUUGUGUAUGACUAUACCUGUAGACAUAUGAGAACAUAUGAGUAUGACACAAACAAUCAGAGAUUAUUUUCCUUACCACAUGCAAUAGCAACAAAUAUAAAUGAGGACAUCUGUGUAAUAGAUCUUACAAAACAAAUUCCUUGGGAAGGUAGGGUGGUUGUCCUUGGAAAACAUGGGAACCUAAAAUGGACUUACAAUGGUCAUACAAGCAUUAACACUAAAAUUAAUUUUAUUCCUAUGGACCUUGUUACCACUUCAAAAGGUUUAAUAUUAGUGUCAGACUAUGCCAGCAAUGCUGUUCACAUGUUAUCUAUGGAAAGUUGUCUAGUCACUUGUCUGAAUGAAAGUCAUGGUAUUGAGAAACCUUGGGCUCUGAAUGUAAAUCAAUCAGGCCAGUUACAAAUAGGAUGUUCUUAUCAAGGAACAAAAGAUGGGCUUGGUAAACUACACACUGUUGAUAUUUCUUCCUAAAGACAAUCAUUUAUUUUAUUUAAAGAGGUAUUUAAGUGCUCCCUCAACAUUCUUUUGUAAAAUUUACAACCAUAAAAGUAUACAGGACUAUCAAUUCUGUCUACUUAUUGCAAAUUGUAUCAUUUCAAAACCAAGAAGGAUUUUGGAAAUUUACUAUGAACGUAACAAUGUUGUUGGACUAGUAAAAUGUAUACAAAAAAAAGGCCUCAAAACCUGUUCAAAUGAAAAUAAAAUUGAUGAUUUCAAUCUCACAAAUCAUAUUUUUUAGUGAAGGCCAUGUCUGCAUAUUCAAACUGGGUCAAAAGUUUCAUAAAGUAAUCCUGUAACACAUAUUUCCUCCCCAAAAAAAUGCUCCGUGGGCACAUCUUGAUACGUAAACAGAGGUUGAAUCCUGAACAGUUGGGGCAAGUAUGGACACUACCCGGUACAUCAACCUUGAUAUAGUUCUGAAAAAUUUGAAAUUGGUGUUUUGUCCAAUAUCCAAUAUCUAAAUACAUGGCUAUGUUCAGCAUAUCCAAGUCCACCAAGAAUUUAAUCUAUUUAUUUAUUAAAGGAAAAUAUUAGCUAAGUGUUUAAAAUGCUCCAUAAAGGAAUUUAGUUUAAGCUGUUAUUGGUAUGAAACAUUUUAUUAAAUUAAUUAAAAACCAAUUGUUCUCUGAACAAUUGAAGGUCUUUCCACAAAAAAAACAAGUAUUUUGAUAUGAAAAUAGUAAAAAGUCGGUUUAAAAUGUCAUUAACAGCGUCAAAUGAUAGAUUAUAGUACGCUGAUUCCAAAAAUAUAUGGUUUCUAUACAAUAUUUUUUAAAUAAGGGAAAUAAUUUGUUACUUCCGGUUUGAAAAAGAUUACUUCCUGUAUUAUUUAACUGUUUAAUUGACACUGAUUCCAAAAAUAUAUGGUUCUAUAUACUUUUACAUUCAAAAAGUACAAAAAAAUAGCUACUUCCGGUGUACACAGGGUCACUUCCGGUUCCUUUUUCAAGGUCAUAUGGCUUGCAACUAAAUGCAAAAAGUCCCAUGGCUUUAUCAUGUAUACAAACGAGGUAAAAGCAAAGAUCAAAAUCUAGAACAUCAAUUUAAUCUAUGACCUUGGGCUCAAUUUCAAGGACAUCAACCAAGGACCUCAAAUCAAAAGACCCUAGAUCUUAAUUAUAUUUGGUUCAUGAGUUAUAUCACCAUAUGUUAUUUUUAAAUAAAGAGGGGAGAAAACUCUAAUUUUAUGUAAGCACACCAUUUAAACCAAUAUGUAUGUGUUACGACAUGUCGCAACUAACAAUUAAGUAAAAAUAUGUUGUCGAUAUCUUAUAUCAUGUUUGAAAAGUGGUGAAAAUAAGCCAAAAUCCAAAUUCAGAAAUGACCUUGACCUUUGACCUUGACCUUUGACCUUGACCCUAUUUUCUUUUUUUUGGACCAAGGACCUCAAAUCAAAAGACGCUAGGUCUUUAUCACUUAUGGUUUACAAGCUACAACUACAUUUUUCUUAUUAAAAAUACAAAAGGGGAAAUAACUUCCAUAUGUAGUCUCCGGACCGCUUUGGUCAAAAUUAUUUUUAAGAUCCUGAAGAUAUAACAAGCAAAUUGGUGAAAUAAUUUUGUCUUAAUCUUAAACAGUUGUGAAGGAGGUUUGUACACAAGAAAAACAGUGUUUGGGGAGAUAACUCUUACAAUAAAAAGUGUUCAGCUUAAGGCGAAGUGUAUGUAAUUAACUACUCCACAGAAUUUUUUUAAAUUUUACAUGUGGAUUCUGCUUGUAAAAAUACAUCAUACAAUAAAAUAAAAAAAGGGGGUAACUGUUUUCGUUUUUCAGAUACAAGCUGUUGAAAUUAACAGCAUGAUAAGCCAAAAAUACAAAGGAUAUAUAAGGAAAAUCAUAAAAAUCGGCAGAUAUUUUUACUUUAUCAAGAUUUUCUAAUUCGUUGCUCCACAGAAUUUUUUUAAAAAUCGAUAUGCGAUUCAAAAAUGAACGACGAACCCAUUGGUGCAAAGAAAGUCCUUAGCAACCGUGCUAGUUUUCAAGCUAUAUCCUGUGGAAGUUUGAUUUCUAGCGGAAAGAAUAAAAACAAUCGGCGACGUUAUUGAUGUCUACUGUAACGUCAUCACAAUUUCUACUUUAUAACGCUAUUAUACCGUACAGUGUCGUAACAAAAUCGUGAGUGUGUAUAACCCAUUUUCCUAAUUAUUGCAAAUGCUCAAGCGUUAAUUUCUGUGUCAUUUGGACUCUUGUGGAGAGUUGUCUUAUUGGCAAUCAUGCCACAUGUUCUUUUUUUAUAUUGUAUUGUUCUAAUAAUUAUGAAUCAAAUAUCAAGUUUAAAAUUGUCCCAGUAAACACAGCGUUGACAGAAUGAUUCUAUACGUAUUUAAAUAAUCGGUUAUAAUAUUGGGAUCGCGUAUACACGUCUUUUUCAAAAUCUCAUUUCUGCAUGUUUGUAUUUUAAAAAAGUGAAUAUAAUUUGCUGCAUCUUUCAUCCUCACCAUUUCCGGCGCUAUUCGAGGGAUUGCGCACAAAGCCCAUUUUUUGUCAGGUUCACACGCGUGCACGUGACACAACUCUGCAAUUUUAUUUAAAAAAUUUCCUGUCUCGAUUGCUUUCCCUUUUCUUUAACUACAUGACAAAGCAUGAUUUAAUGUUUGCUGGAGAUUUUAAGUAAAAAAGGAAAUAAUUUUUUGUUCCAUAAUUUGUUUAAUAUCCACAUGCACGACUCCCAAAAAAUAAGAAAACUGCAUCUGCAUAUUAUCUUGAGAAUUUUUAUGACUGUAAUAAGGUCAAAAGAAGAACCCGCAUAUGAAUUUUAGCAAAGUAAAACAGAUCGGAGUUUUAACUUCACGUAGCACAGAUCAUUCCCAGUGUUAGCCUUAGCAUUGCGUAUAUUGUG